AUGUUGAAUAUCGCGAUAUGGAACGUCCGGGGGCUGAAUAAGAGAGACCAUCAGCUCGCAUUAAAGGACCUUGUCUCUGAAUAUAGGUUACAUUUUAUGGGCAUAUUAGAAACUCGCGUUCGUAUUAACAAUGCCAUGCAUAUUCAAUCCUUUUUGCUUCCUCAUUGGAAAUGGUUUGUGGAUUAUGCAUCUGUGGGUAAUCGUAUAUGGGUUGCGUGGGACAAGAAUGAAGUUGAUAUUCAUAUCCUUGAAGUGGGGAAUCAAUUUAUGCACUGUCGUGUCACUAACAGGGCUGAUAGUGAACCUAUCAUUAUCACUGUUGUUUAUGGAGCCUCUGAGAUUGCAGACCGUCGGAGCUUAUGGAGUACAUUGGAUAUACUGGCUCGACAGUGCACAGAUGAUCCGUGGCUGGUGGGAGGCAAUUUCAAUGCAGUCCGAGAUAUGAAUGAGGUGUGUGGAGCUUCGGGUGAUAUUAGGAUGGCCAUAGAAGAACUCAAUGCUAGUAUUCAGGUGGCCGGGUUAUUGCCAUUGCCUAUGCAGGGAGAAUGGUAUACUUGGCAUAAUUACAGUACAAGCCCAUGGAGUCUGUGGAAGAGAUUGGAUCGGAUGGUCAUUAACGAUAGGUGGCUUGCGAGAUUUCCUUCAUCGUGCUAUCACAGCCUUAUGCCGCGGACUUCUGACCAUUCGCCACUAGUAAUUCAUGGGGACAGGCAGCAUCAAACCAGAGGUAUGUUUCGUUUUGACAACUACCUAACUCUCUCACCUGAAUUUAUCCCCAACGUGCAGAAUAUUUGGAAUCAUACAGUCAUUGGGGUUCCUAUAUUUGCGGUAACACGUAAACUUAAAGCCUUGAAACUAGUCUUUAGACAACAAAGGAGGAAAAAGGGAGAUUUGACACUUAAUGUUCACCUAGCCAAAGGAUUUCUUGACGAGGCACAACACUUGGUGAGCCUAGAUAGACAGAAUGAGGCCUUUUUACAACUGGAACACUGCUGUCGCCUUGUAUAUGCAAAAGCGAGAAGAGUGGCGAGGAGGAUAGUGCAGAUCAAUGAUGAUAAUGGGGCCACCCACACGGAUCCAGGAGAGAUUACCAAUAAAUUUGUCCGUUACUACCAAAACCUCUUAGGUGGUAGCAGACGACAACUACCGAUGGAUAUUCGCUUUCUUAGACCGUGGGCACGACAUAUACUUACUACUGAGGAGGCAGACCAAUUAAUAUUGGCGUUCAGCCCGGAAGAUGUGAAGCAGGCAGUAUUUGACAUUGCAGCGGACAAGGCACCGGGACCUGAUGGGUUCUCCUCAGGAUUCUUUAAAGUAGCCUGGUCAGUAGUGGGACACGAAGUUACAACGGCUGUACUGGACUUCUUUAGUACCGGGAAACUGCUUAAGCAAGUCAACUCUACACUUUUGGCUCUAAUCCCAAAGGUACAUACUCCUAUGACAGUUGGUGACUUUAGACCUAUAUCGUGCUGUAAUGUAUUAUACAAAAUUAUUACAAAGCUAAUUGUCCAAUGUUUGAGUAUGGUUCUGGACAAGAUAAUUAGCCCAUGUCAGGGAGCAUUCAUCCCAGGACGUAGCAUUGGGGACAAUAUAAUGUUGGCACAGGAAUUGUUCACGGGCUAUAACCAGGCGAGACUCCCCCCUCGUUGUGCACUCAAAGUUGAUAUAAGGAAGGCCUAUGACACGGUGGAGUGGGAUUUCCUACUAGCGGUCUUGCAGCUAUUUGGUUUCCCAAUUAUGUUUACAAGAUGGAUUGAGGAAUGUGUAACAAUGACUUCAAUCUCGAUUGGGCUCAAUGGAAACCCUCAUGGGUUCUUUACACGAGCUCGAGGUUUAAGACAGGGAGACCCUCUUUCUCCCUAUCUCUUUGUUCUUGUAAUGGAAGUCCUACAUUUGGGAUUUUUACAACUCAUUGAGCAGGAUAGGCAAUUCAAAUAUCAUUGGAAAUGUGAGCCGGCCAAAGUAUUCCAAUUGGGAUUCGCAGAUGACCUCCUGCUCUUCAGUAGAGCUGACUUGGCAUCAAUCAAUGUCCUCAAGAUGGGUUUGGACAGAUUAUCCAUAUCAGACUGUCAACCACUUUUAUUGAAAAUUGAUGCACGCAUUAAUGGAUGGGAGGGACUUUCAUUAUCUUAUGCUGGACGCAUACAAAUCAUUAAAUCUGUUUUAUCAGCACUGAGCUUGUACUGGGCAUCUGCAUUUAUAUUACCAAAGGCUGUUAUCAAACAAAUUGCGAAACGCCUUAGAACAUUUAUGUGGAAAGGCAAUUCUACAUCAGGCUAUGCCAAGGUGGCGUGGAAGGAUGUGUGCAAACCGAUUAUGGAAGGAGGGCAGGGAAUUAAGGAUAUCGGAAUCCUUAAUCGUGCGUUAAUGGCAAAGAAGUUAUGUGAUCAUGGGCGACUACGAGACACCUCCAUUUGGACGGUUGACGAGAAGGGAGAAUCACGGGGAUGGCGCAAGCUGCUCCGGCUUCGCACCUCCAUCCAACCUAUGACGGAGUUUACUAUUGGAGAUGGGAGGACUUUUUAUCCGUGGAAGAACCCAUGGCACCACUUGGGCCCACUUAUCUCUAGAUUCCCACGGGCACCGAGCCUUAUUGGACUUGGGAUUUCCACCAAGCUCCAAGUAGUCAUUGAUGAGGGGCAAUGGCAGCGGCCUUUUAUUUCUGAUAUGGAAUGUAUGGAAAUCAUUUAUAAUCUGCCUCAGAUCCAUGGAGGGGAGGAUAGGAUCAAAUGGCGGUUUCCAGAGGGACGACCCACCAGACAAGCCCUGUAUCGUCUAUUCCGUCCACCUGGACCGAAAGUAGGUUGGACUUCACUACUUUCGGGUUCCUUGAAGAUCCCCAGACAUACUUUCAUUCUAUGGUUAGCCAUUCAGGAAAAGCUACCGACGACAGACAAAACAUGGUUAAAUCAUUUGGGUGGCAUCCUUUGUGACGAUGAUAAUGCGGAGACACACACUCACUUGUUCUUCCGAUGUGGAUUCAGUAGAAGUUGCCUUGCAGCUGUUCGUCAACAGAUCCGAUUUGCUUGGCCCAAUCAUGAAUGGGCAAGAGAUGUGGAAUGGGCAUCGAGGAAGUGGAGGGGAAAACACAUAGUUAAUGUAGCAUAUCGAGCAUUACUUGGUGCAUGCAUAUACCAUAUUUGGCGAGAGAGAAAUCUGAGACGAUUUGAGCAGACCCAUCGGCCGGCAAAUGUAUUGGCUAUUUGUAUCUUAGAUGACAUUAGACAGAGGAUACUUAGUAAUAAUCUUUCAUGGUCAAUUAGUACAUAUGCGCUAUAUAGACUGUGGCGCAUCCCUUGA